CUGUGCACUUCCUAUCACUCGGUAGCGUCCUUUUCUGUAAGUUCCCACAAGGAGUAAUGGCUCUCUUUUUUCCAGUUUAAAGCAGCCCCUAAACCCCCAAAUUCAGAAACCCUAAAUUAAAGCCAUGGCAGCACUUCGCAGCAAGCUCCGACUCAUCACCACCCACCACCACCGCCGCUACUCCAUCCUAAACCCUGAUUCCAAAACCCCGCUCUCCGCCAAGGACAAAUCACGCGCCGCCCUAUCCCUCCUCAAAUCCGAAACAAACCCACAACGCAUCCUCGAAAUCUGCCGUGCCGCUUCCUUAACCCCCGAAUCCCAUCUCGAUCGCGUUGCUUAUUCCAAAGCCAUUUCAAAGCUCAAAGAUCUCAAUCACUUCUCGGGUAUCCGCUCAUUUCUCCAAGAAUCCACGAUCCGACCCGACUUGAAAUCCGAGCGGUUCAUUUCCCAUUUUAUUGUUCUUUAUGGGCAGGCUGGGCUUAUCGAUGAGGCGAAAAGGGCUUUUGAUGAAAUGGAGGAGAAAAUGGGUAUUCAAAGAACUGAAAAAACUCUUAAUUCUUUGCUAUUUGCUUGUGUUUUAGCUAAAGAUUAUGCUGAACUGAAAAGGAUAUUUGUGGAAUAUCCUAAAAAGUAUGGGUUUGUUCCGGAUUUAGAUACUUAUAACUUGGUGAUUAAAGGAUUUUGUGAAUCAGGUUCUUCGAGUUCUGUUUAUUCGAUUUUGGAUGAAAUGAGUAGGAAGAAUGUUAAGCCUAAUGCGACGACGUUUGGGAAUUGUAUAACCGGGUUUUAUAAGGAGGAGAAGUAUGAGGAUGUUGGAAAAAUAUUGGAAAUGAUGAAAGAAUAUGGUAUAGCGCCGGGAAUUAGUACGUAUAAUUUAAGGAUUCAGAGCUUGUGUAAGCUUAAGAAAUCGGGGGAAGCUAAGGCGUUAUUCGAUGGGAUUUUAUCGAGAGGUUUGAAGGUGAAUCAUGUGACUUAUGGUCAUUUGAUACUCGGGUUUUGUAGGGAAGGUAAUUUGGAAGAAGCGAAGAGUUUGUUUCAGAAGAUGGUUAAUACUAGCGGAUUGAGACCGGAUGCUGAAUGCUAUUUUACGUUAGUGUAUUAUUUAUGUCAAGGUAAGGAUUUUGAGGCUGCGUUGAAGAUUUGUAAAAGUUGUUUGGCCGAGGGAUGGGUCCCAAAUUUCUCCACAAUGAAGUCACUCGUUGAGGGGUUGGCUAGCAUUUCGAAGGUUGAUGAUGCACGGGAAAUCAUAGGUCAAGUGAAGGAGAGGUUUUCGAAGAACGUUGAGAAAUGGAACGAGAUUGAAGAGGCAUUGCCGAAGUAGGGAGAGAAGUACUAAACAUGGUAUACUACAGUUUUUCUGGUCUGCAGUGUGCCAUGGUCUUAAUAAAUUUAAAAUUCAAAAAUUUCUAGGGAAAUUUUGUUAUGUAUCUUAGUAAAAUGUCUUCGGAAACCGUUUUGAUUUUGCUCGUUCAAGUGAAUCAUUCUCCUUUUGAUAUGGGCAGAACUAAUUUUGCAUAAUUUAUGCUAAGAAAUGUGUUUUAUCAAGGGACAUUCUAGAUACCUACA